AUGGGAAGAAAGCUGCGACACGUGCUGAUUUUCCUUCUCAUCAUGCUAAAGGAGCCCAGCAUGCCAGAAGCUGGCUGUGACUGUAAACCAUCAUCACACUGCGGAAAGGGCAUCACCAGCAUCCCUCAGAACCUCCCAACAUCCAUCUCUGAGUUGGACUUAGGAAGUAACCAAAUUAACACUAUUGAAGCUGAUACACUUGCUAAUCUACCCCAGCUACAAUAUCUAUCCUUUCGUAACAACCAGAUAACUAACAUCCAUUCUCGUGCAUUUACCAACCUGCCCAAGCUAAAAGAGAUGCACCUGGAUUGCAACAACAUAACUAUCAUCCAUUCUGGCACAUUUGUAAAUCUGCUCCAGCUACAACUGUUGUGGCUGAGAUACAACCAGAUAACUACCAUCCCUUCUGGUACAUUUGCUAAUCUGCGCAAGCUACAAGAGUUGCACCUGGGCAACAACCAGAUAACUACCAUCACUCCUGGUGUAAUUGCAAAUCUGCCCAACCUACAAACGUUGUACCUGUUUUGCAACCAGGUGAAAUACAUCUCUUCCGGUACAUUUGCUAAUCUGCCUGAGCUACAAAAUUUGUACCUGCACUACAACCAGGUAAAAUACAUCCCUUCUGGUACAUUUGCUAAUCUGCCUGAGCUACAAAAUUUGCACCUUGAAGUCAACCAGAUAACUAACAUCCCUUUAGGUACAUUUGAAAAUCUGCCACGGCUAAAAAAGUUGUGCCUGAAAAAAAACAAGAUAACUGCCAUUGGUUCUGGUAUAUUUGCAAAUCUGACAGAGCUAAAAUCACUGUACCUGUCCUACAACCAGAUAACUACCAUCAAUUCUGGUACAUUUGCAAAUCUGACAAAGCUAAGAUCAUUGAGCCUGUCCUACAACCAGAUAACUACAAUCACUUCUGGUACAUUUGCAAAUCUACCGCGGCUAGGUGUGUUAUCCCUGAUGAACAACCAGAUAAUUACCAUCGAUUCUGGUGCAUUUGCAAAUCUGCCAAAGCUAGAAUCAUUGUGCCUGUCCUUCAACCAGAUAACUACCAUCCAUUCUGGUGCAUUUGAAAAUCUGCCAGAUUUAGAUCGUUUGAAGCUUCGGUCCAACAAGAUGACAGCCAUUCCCCUGUCAGUUUUCUGCUUGUCCCUAUCUACUGUCAAAAUAGAAAUAGACAUUUACAGUAACCCCUGGCAGUGUGACUGUAGGAUGGCUCCCGUCAAGCUCAUCCAUGCAUUUAAGAACCAGAUAAUUUGUGCCAAACCCGCCAAACUUAAGCGACGGAAGCUUGAAAGUGUCGAUCCUAAAGAGUUUAUUUGUAAAGAUCCAACCAUAUCACCACUAAGUGUUGGUAGCUGUUCUGCUGCAGUGUCGACACCUUCAGCUCAGUCGGUGGUUCAGUAG